AUGUCAGCCAUAGACAUUGUAGCCCCUACCCCAGCUUCGACCCGCUCCCAAACCAACUCGGCCCAGCAAGCCUACCAUUCAAAGACCGUUGUUGAGCCACCAAACCAGCCGCAGACUGCGUCUCCAGCCGUAAACCGGCCAAUAUGUGUCAACUGCGGUACAACAGAGACGCCAUUAUGGCGUAGGACACCAGACGGAAACCCCAUAUGCAAUGCCUGCGGUCUCUACCAAAAAUCGCGCAAUGCCCCGCGACCCGCCUCCCUUUCACCGCACAACCAAGCACAAGCGGCCCAAGCAGCGGCAGCAGCUGCAGCAGCUCAACAACAACAAAACGCCAACUCCCACCACCAGGGUGGCACGUGUCCUGGCGACGGUCGCUGUGACGGAACUGGUGGCUCAAAUGCCUGCAAUGGGUGUCCUACGUGGAACAACCGACUGGCUACUGACAAUGCCAAUUCGUCAUCAGACGAGCAACAGCCAUCUUCGGCUUCGAUGCGCCAACUGCUCAAUCCAACUCCACCUCCAGCCCGCAACUCGACCACGACCAGCCCGAAUGCGGCCGCCCCCGACUCUCCAGCAGCCAAAAUCAACGCGUUGUCCUGUGGUAACUGUGGAACAAGCACAACCCCGCUCUGGCGUCGCGACGACGUUGGCAACAACAUCUGCAAUGCUUGUGGUCUCUAUUUCAAACUACACGGGACGCACCGUCCAACGUCAAUGAAAAAGACGGUCAUCAAGCGGCGCAAACGAGUUCCUGCAGCUGGGGGAAAUGGUGGUCAUGAUGGGGCAAAUGCCAUGAGCGACCAAGCUGCGGCUGAAGCACUUGUCGCUGUUGGGCGAUCGCGGAUGACUGGGUCGUCACCGAGACCACAUCCAACAGAUGACGACAAUGAAGAUGCCCCUCGUCGAAAGCGCGCUCGUCGUAAAGCUCCGGCCCCACUUCCCAUUGAGGAAGACCAAAAAGACUUGGGAAAACGCACGUGGUUUCCCAGUCCCGCGCCGACCGGAACCCCCCAAAACUCUUUCGAACUGCCGUCAAUUGGGAGUGCAUUCCCUGGCUACAUGCGUGGAUCUAGUCUCAGUCGGUCCGCAACACCUAAUCGGGUCGGCGCUGGUUCACCAGCUGCCGGGUACAAUCUGCCUCCGGUCCGGUCAUACCACGAAGGUUCUACUGGUGGGAUACCGACAGUCGAGGAGCUCGAACGACACUACUUCUCUCUACAUGAGCAGAGACGCAAAAUGGAGGAGUUGUUGAGGGAUACAGAGCGAAUGAUGGCUGGAGUCCGAAGGGGAAUUGAUGAGAUGAGAGGCGUGACAAUGGAGUCAAGCGCAAGGACUGAACCUGCUGCAAAUGGCAGUGUAAAUGGAAGCGCCAGUGCGAGCCCAACCAGCCAUCACAGCAGCGCAAGCAUAAAUGGAGUCACUUCUCAUGCUGAAGCACUUCCUUUGCGUGAGCGUGCUAGGAGUAACGAGCGCGCCAAUGUUUGGCCGGUCAAUGGCAAUGGAAACCUCAAUGGGUCCGCUAGUUCUCAUGGGUCGCCUAUCGGCAAUGCCAACACCGAGGUCGCUGUGGCCGUCUAA